AAUUCAGUGGUUAUUAAUUUUCACUGAUCACUCUUCAUUUACACGAUAUCGGACUCGUGCAGGUCACAUUUUUUUUGCAGGUUCCAUUCAGCUAAGUUCUUAAAUCGCGACGGCUUUUAUUAUUCUACGCUUCAACCAAUCGAGUUCCAGGAAUGGCGAUCCACAGGAGAGACUGUUCCAAGCUCUCGGGCAUGUUAUGGCUCUUUGCCAUGCUUUUCAUGUGCUUUCUGCAUACAUCAGCAGAGCUAAUGCGACUCGAGCACCCAAUAAGAUCUGACGGGUCCCUUAGCUUGUUGGUGGUCGGGGACUGGGGAAGGCGGGGCCGCUACAACCAAUCUGAAGUUGCCAUUCAGAUGGGAAGGAUUGGAGAAAGAAUGGAUAUAGAUUUUGUAGUUUCGACGGGAGACAACUUCUAUAACAAUGGGCUGAGCAGCAUAAACGACCCCACAUUCGUGGAGUCCUUUACAAGAGUCUACACUGCCAAGAGCCUGCAGAAGCAGUGGUACGCUGUUCUGGGGAACCAUGACUAUCAUGGAGACGUGGAGGCGCAGCUGAACCCGGCCCUUCGAAGAAUUGAUGAAAGGUGGCUCUGCCUGAGGUCCUUCAUUCUUCAAACAGAAGUUGCAGAGUUUUUCUUCGUCGACACAACUCCCUUCAUUGACAAGUAUUUCCGGAAGCCGAACAAGCACACAUUUGACUGGAGAGGCGUGCUCCCGAGGAAGGAUUACCUCUCGAAGCUCUUGAAGGAUCUCGAUCUCACGCUCAGAAAUUCCAAAGCAAACUGGAAGUUUGUCAUUGGGCAUCACACGAUCAAAAGCAUCGGGCACCACCGCAGCACGGAGGAGCUUGGGAAGCUGUUACUACCGAUUCUUGAGGCAAACGGAGUCGAUAUGUAUAUUAAUGGGCACGACCACUGCUUAGAACAUAUUAGCAGCAGAAGCAGCGGCAUACAGUUUCUUACCAGUGGAGGCGGAUCAAAGGCUUGGAAAGGGGAUGUGGACGAACUCGAUAGAGAUGGAGUUGAAUUCUACUAUGAUGGGCAAGGUUUCAUGUCCAUGCAGCUUACAGAAACCGACGCGACAAUAGCAUUUUACGACAUAUCGGGGAAAGAUUUGCAUCAUCUGAGUCUCUCUAAACCCCGACAUUCCGCUGUAUAGAGAUGUCCAGGAUACAUCUUCAUUAGCAAUUAGAGUUUCUACUACAGUUGGGUCUCUUAAUAGGUUGUAUGGUUCUAAUUUCCAAUUCGGAAGACAUCGUUCAAAUGAUGACAGUAAUGAAUCAUAAACGGACCCAAAA